AUGAGCGCCUCAACAUCGACCGCCGCCGCCGCGGCAGCGACGACUACGGGGCUGGACGAUGGGCGUGGUUCUGCUCAAGGGUCCACGGGCAUUAGCCUGGUCGCCUUCGUCACUGCCUUGGCGGCUUCGUUGGUCGUCUUUGGCAUCCAGAUGGGCUUCUUUUUACUGCUGAGGAAUAAGGUGGUCCGGAUAUUCAAACCAAAGACAUAUCUCGUGCCGGAACGAGAGCGAACCGAUAUGCCACCCUCGAACCACCUGGCGCUCGCCUAUAAACUCAUGAGCUUCGAGGACCGCGAAAUUAUCAAGAAAUGCGGGCUCGACGCCUACUUCUUUCUACGCUACCUCCAGACUUUACUCAUCAUCUUCAUUCCCAUCGCUAUUGUCGUCAUUCCGAUCCUGGUACCGCUCAACUACAUUGGUGGCAAGGGCCACGAAGUUGUUAAUAACGCAACCGACAACUCCAAGAGCGAGGUGCCCACGGGGCUGGAUACCCUGGCCUGGGGCAACGUUGCGCUGAACAAGCAACACCGCCGCUGGGGCCAUCUCGCACUCGCCCUGGUCGUCAUUCUCUGGGUCUGCGGCGUUUUCUUCAGCGAGCUGAAGGUGUACGUCAAGAUCCGCCAGGACUAUCUGACCAGCGCCGAGCACCGCCUGCGCGCCUCGGCCAACACCGUGCUCGUCAGCUCCAUCCCGAACAAGUGGCUCAGCGAGGAGGCUCUGCGCGGCCUGUUCGAUGUGUUUCCCGGCGGCAUUAGAAAUGUCUGGCUAACUCGGGACUUCACAUCGCUACUCUCCAAGAUCAACGAACGUAACGCCGUCCACAAGAAGCUCGAGGCCGCCGAGAGCACGCUGAUCCGCAAUGCCAAAAAGGCCCAGCUGAAGCAGGCCAAAGACGGCGGUAUUAUCCACAAGAUCACGGCUGUUGUGACGGAGAACCGCGCCGACAGGGCCCAGCGCCACAAAGAUGAGGAUCGCGAAGCCCAGAAACGCGCUGAGGCGGCCGGCGGUUUGAGCGCCAACACGCCGCAUCUUCCCCAGGGCGUCCACGACGCGAUUGCUGAAGCAGAGGACGGAAGUGAUAGUGAUUCCUCGAGUUCUCGGGAGAAUGGCACCCAGGAGAAGAAGCAGCGUAAGAACCCGCUUGCUACGAUCGGGGAGGGAUUCGGCAAGGGUGUUGGCAAAGGCGCUGCCCUUGCUAGCGGUGCUGGCCUCGGUAUUGUCGGCGGCGCGCGAGCUGUUAGGAAAGGUGUCGACGGAAGUCUAAAAAACGGGCCCGCCGGGUUCGAUUUCGCCCACGCCCAGAGCGGAAACGGAAACCGUCGGGGUCCUUCGCCGACCGGCGACGCAGACUACUCUAAGAAGAGCAGUCACGGUGAUGCGGCAGAUGAGGAUGAGCCACCGAAGACGUCCUUUGCGUCAGAAGCUCCGCUCACCAACCACCCCCACCACCAACACGCCCAUACUGGAUCAACGGCGUCCCGGGAUUCGAACGCCAAGAAGCACCACGAUGAGCCCAAAAUGUUCGGCAACACCGUCCGCCGUGCUACUAACAUGGAGGAGAUGAUUAUCACGGACAAGACGCGGUGGUACGAGUUCUGGAAGCCGCCCACGGGCAGCUACGCAUCACCUAUCCCCCAGGGCGCCGAGGAGGGCGAGUACCCGUGGAGAAAGAAGAAGACGAUCUGGACCUUCGUGAAGGAUGUGGUUCCGUUCCUGGCCGACAAACCUACUCCCAUCAACUACCCGGCCGCGUACGAAGGCGACUACACCACCCAGACCGAGGAAGACGCCGAAUGGCGCAAGUGGCUCAAGCCCGAGGAGCGCCCACGCCACCGCAUCGCCAACUUCAAGUGGACGCCCGGUUGGCUGCCCGGGCUGCCGCUGAUCAACAAGAAGGUCGACACCAUCCACUGGUGUCGUGCCGAGCUCGCGCGGCUGAACCUGGAGAUCGAGGAGGACCAACAACACCCGGAGCGCUACCCGAUUAUGAACUCGGCGUUCAUCCAGUUCAACCACCAGGUGGCCGCACACAUGGCUUGCCAGUCGGUUACGCACCACAUCCCCAAGCAGAUGGCCCCGCGCAUGGUGGAGAUCUCGCCCGACGACAUCAUCUGGGAUAACAUGGCCAUCCCGUGGUGGAGCGAGUGGGCGCGCAGCCUCAUCGUGUUCGCCCUGGUGGCUGGCAUGGUCAUCCUCUGGGCGUUCCCCGUCGCUUGGACAGCCUCGCUGUCCCAGAUCGACGCCCUAGUUCGAAAGUACGAGUGGCUCAGAUUCCUCGUGGAUAAUGAAAUACUCAACAACGCGAUCAAGGCCAUCGCCGGUGUCUUGCCCGCUCUGGUGCUGUCGAUUAUCCUGGCGCUCGUGCCCGUGGUGCUCAACCUCCUCGCCAAGUUCCAGGGCUCCAAGACGGGCUCGCAGAAGACGGAGACGGUGCAGAUCUACUACUUUGUCUUCCUAUUCGUCCAGGUCUUCCUGGUCGUGUCGAUCGCUUCGGGUACCCUCCAGACGCUAGCCAACAUCUCGGUGGACUUUACAUCCACCCCCAAUGUUCUGGCCCAAAACCUCCCCAAGGCGGCCAACUACUUCUUCGCCUACAUGAUUCUACAGGCGCUCUCCACGAGCUCGGGAACACUGCUGCAGAUCGGCACGCUGGUGAUAUGGUACGGCUGGGCGCGCAUGGUCGACAACACCGCGCGGGCGAAGUGGACGCGCAACACCAAGCUGCCCACCGUCAACUGGGGCUCCUUCUUCCCCGUGUACACCAACUUUGCCUGCAUCGCGCUAAUUUAUUCCAUCGUGGCCCCGCUCAUCGCCCUCUUCGCCAUCAUCACCUUCAGCCUGCUCUGGGUCGCCCACCGCUACAACAUGCUCUACGUCACGCGCUUCAAAACCGACACCGGCGGCGUGCUGUACCCGCGCGCCAUCAACCAGACCUUCACGGGCCUCUACGUCAUGGAGCUGUGCCUCAUCGGCCUUUUCUUCCUGGCCGAAGACCAGGACCACAACAACGUCUGCUUCCCACAGGGCAUCGUCAUGGUCGUUGCCCUGAUCCUGACCAUCCUCUUCCAAUACAUGCUCAACUCCUCCUUCGGCCCACUCCUCCGCUACCUCCCCAUCACUUUCGAAGACGAAGCCGUCCUCCGCGACCAAGCCUUCCAGCGCGCCCAAGCCCGCCGCUUAGGCCUCGAAGACCUCGACGACGACGAAGCCAGCGCCCUCCACCGCCCCGGCACCGCGGACAGCAGCUCCACCAACCCCCCACGUCGAGCAGCAACAACCGGCAUCGACGACGCCGACGACGACGACAUCGAGCUCGAAAAGCUCGAAGCCGGCCACCGUCGCCAGGGAGGAGGAGUCGGCCCCCACCAACACCGCCGCACGAACUCCAUGCUCGGCCGCUUCAACAAACCCAUCUCCCACGCCAGCACCUGGGCCUCGCGCGGCGGCAAACAAAUCCGCGCCGCCACCUUCGGCAAAGCCGAAACCGGCCUGCGCACCGCCGCCACCUACCGCAAACAACGCCGCCAAAAGGACCUCGAGGCCCAGCGCGCCAUGGGCGACGCGCUGUACGGCGGGUACUGCGACGUCAUUGAAGAUCUCACCCCCGCCGAGCGUGAUGUUCUAGUGCGCAAGGCGUUUCAGCACUCGGCGCUCAGGGCACGGAGGCCGGUGGUGUGGAUUCCGAGAGAUGAUUUGGGGGUGAGUGAUGAUGAGAUUAGAAGGACGAAUGGGUUUAGUCGGUGGGUGUCGGUUACGAAUGAGGGGACCGCGUUGGAUAGUCGGGUGAGGGUGUUGUAUGGGAUGAAUCCGCCGGAUUUUUCGGAGGUGGAUUUGAUUAAUUUGUAG